AUGGUCGCCCUGGACGUUGUCAAACAAUCCAACUCACAACUCAAGGGUGCUAACCUACCUAAAGUUGCUGUCUUUGUCGGUGGUACAUCUGGUAUAGGCCAACAUACUAUUUCUGAAUUGGUUGAAACAGGUGUUGAAACCAAAAUUUACCUCAUCGGUCGCCCAUCCUCUAGUGAGCGAGCCAACACACAAAUCGCUGCCCUUAAACAAAUCAGCCCCAAUGUAGAGGUUGUCUGGCUAGCCGGAGAAGUAUCGCUUCUCGCGGAUGUCAAACAAAUCUGCUCCGAGAUUCAAUCCAAGGAGACAAGUCUCGAUCUUUUAUUUAUGUCUACAGGGGUCCUGCCCUUCAAUGGCAGAAAGGAAACAAGCGAAGGGCUUGACCCCACCUUCACGCUCCAGCAUUUUUCAAGAAUGGCCUUCAUUUCGCACCUGCUUCCUCUCCUAAGGGCCUCUACAAUCGGGAGGGUUGUCAGCAUCAAAGGAGGCGGCUUGGAGAAAGCCGAUAUUGAUGUGGACGACUUGGAGUUGAAGAAGCCGGGUGCUUACGGUGCCAUCCGAUCGCAGAUUCAAGUCAUUGCCAUGAACACUCUGGUCAUGGAGAAAUUUGCGGAACAAGAACCGGAUGUCACUUUCGUUCACACCUUCCCAGGGCAGGUUAACACUGGGAACAAUAUGACAUCCGAUGUGGCGCCAAAUUCGCUGAUGCAUUGGGCUAUGCGACUCGUGGUUGGACCUCUCGUCACAAUCAUUGGACUCACUCCCAAGGAAUCGGGCCAGCGCCAUCUAUUUGCCAGUACAAGCGCUCUAUAUGGCGGUCGGGGUGUCCCUACGGACUUGCCGGGAGCGAUGAAUACACGAGGCGGGAAUGGUCCUGGGCUGUUUUUGGUGAACCAAUACAGUGAUGCUAGUAUGAACGAGAAGGUCCUUGGGCAUCUCAGAGAGACAGCACGGGAAAAGACUUGGGUGUAUACGCAAGAGGUCCUCCGGCCCUUUCUGUAG